AUGAGAAAGAACAAAACCAUUCACGCAUCUCAUGGAUCUUCUCGUGAAGCUCAAUCAUCGCGUUCAACAAAAAAAGUAUCUACCGAGCAUGUUGAUCGUGAUGAGGAUAAUGAUGAUAUACAGGUUGACAAUGCCAAUGUUGAUAGUCCAUUUGAGGCUGAAGACCAUUAUGAUCUCCUAAUCCGACAAUUUCCACCACCACCAGUUUAUGGUCAGCCUUCGGGAGCACACUUUGAGCCACAACAUGAGUACCAGUCUUAUCUACAACAUAACGAGCCCGAUCUCGAGCCCGAGUUCCCUCUUGAUAUCUACAGUCAGCUUGCUGCCUUGCGCCUCCAGGGCAACCGGAACACAACAUCCAUUCGGCGCUUCGAGGAGCAGCAAGCCCGCACCAACAACUACAUGGAGGAACUUUGGCAUCAUUUUCGGCCCGAAGGCGGUUACCGCCCUCAUGGUCCUCCUCCACCUUGA